AUGGCCGAACAAGCUACAGAGGAAGAUAUUCUGCUAGCCAAGCGCAUCAUUUCUGCGGCCGAGCGACACGAUGUGCCGGCGUUGAACAUUCUGCUCAAGGACGGUUCCGCAAACGUCCAGGACCCCACGGCAACAGUAGCAACAUCACCGCUUCACGCAGCAAUUGCCUCUUGCGGAAAGGCCGAAGAAAGAAAGGAGGCGAGCGAAGAGGCGAUUCAAACCGUGGAAACACUCCUCCAAAAUGGCGCCAUCUGGAACGAUCUCAACAAGGAAGAUGAAACUCCAGGCUGCAUCGCACUCCGUCUUGGCCAGAAAAAGAUCUACGACAUGAUGGUCGAAGCCGGUGUCCGCGCUGAGAUUCUCUUCGCCCGAAUGGAAGCCUUGGGCAUGGGCGAACCCGCCGAAGAAGUCGAAGAAGAGGCCGAGAUCCUCGAGGAGCAACCCGCCGCCAAGAAACAAAAGAUAUCCACGGAAGAUGCCAAACCCGUCGAGCAACCCACUUCAGAAAAGGUCCUCGAUGACGUCUCCCUAGACAAUCACGCCUACCUCAAGAGCCAACUCCGCUACAAAUCUGGUAUUCUCCUCGACGAAAGCGACAAUGCCGUCAUGAUGGACUGGGAAACGCAAAUCAUGCAGCGCCACGCCGAGACUCUAAUCCCCAAGCCAGGCCUUCGCACAAUGAAUGUUGGUCACGGUAUGGGUAUAGUAGACACAGCAAUCUUAACGCAUGAUCCCGCUGAGCACCACAUCAUUGAAGCCCAUCCGCAGGUACACCAGCGGCUCCGCGAGAAGGGCUGGUACGACAAGCCCAAUGUCAAGAUUCACGAGGGAAGGUGGCAAGAUAUUCUGCCCAAGCUUAUUGAGCAGGGUGUUGUGUUGGAUGCCAUUUACUAUGAUACUUUUGCAGAGGAUUACAAGGCGCUCAAGGAGUUCUUCUCCGAGUAUGUGGUUGCGUUGCUAGCCAAGGAUGGAAAGUUUGGGUGGUAUAAUGGUCUUGGAGCUGAUAGACAGAUUUGCUACGAUGUUUAUACCAAGGUUGCGGAAAUGGAUCUGUACGAGGCAGGCUUCGAUACAGAGUGGGAGGACAUCAAUGUUCCGGAGGGAUUGCAUGGAAGUGAUCAGUGGGAGGGAACUAGGAGGCCAUACUGGACCAUUGAUGUGUACAGAUUGCCUGUGAAUACGUUUGUCAAGUAA